CACAGCAGGCCUGACCUCACCUCACUCCAAUCUUUGUGUUUUUGCCACCACCAAGAAACCAAACACAACCAAUAUCCCAUCAAAAAUGUCUAAAUCAGCCCUCACGGCAAAUUACAACUCCCCAGACACAACUCACCUCUUCACAUCCCAGCUCCCCUCCGAGUCAACCGACACCAAAACCCAAAGCGUGCAAGAAAAGACAGAGUUUCUGCAGGCUUUGCGAACCGGGAUUUCCCAAGUUCAAGGGGAUGUCAAUGUCUUUCUAACUAAGCGGAUGGAGGAGGAGAAAGCUGCUGCGGGUGCUCCUAGUGGUACAGCCGCUUCUGCACGCGAGCAGAAGGAGGAAGAAAUGUAUGGCGAGGAGGAUCCGGAAGGUGAUGAUGCUUGAUGAGAAAGAAAAGGCUCCUGGGGAGGCGGCACUACUGAUGCAUUCCACGGUCUAUCCAACUUUCUUCUGCAGCGGAUAUCAAACACUCCGGAAACAACCAAAUGACGACUCAUUACAACCCGGCGGCGUACAUCAGUCCAUAUCCAAGGGUAAUAAUCACCACAUACGCAAUCAC